AUGUUGUUACCGAACACGACUUAUAACUACAGUUCUGAGUUCAAUGUUACCGAAUCAACACCUAAAAUAAUCUACAAGGUAAAUUAUGAUGUUUCUCUGCGUAUUACGUUCGCUAUUAUUGCAGUGCUCGGUAUCAUCGGAAACAGUGUUGUCCUCUUUGUGGUUUAUCGAGUGAAACAAAUGCGCACCAUCACAAACUACUUCGUGGCUCACCAAGCUUUUAUAGAUGGGAUUUCGUCCAUAUUGAUCGUAUACCACUACCUACUACCCAUCGUACCCAUUCCCAGCGGAAUAGCGGGUCACACCGUGUGUAGAUUAUGGGCAGCACGCUAUCCGUUGUGGUCUUGUCUUCUGGCAUCCACCUACAACUUACUGGCACUAACAGUGGAGCGAUAUAUGGCUAUCGUGUAUCCGUUCCGUUACAUCGCUUUCUAUACGUCCGGCAAGAGAGCCUGUUUAAUAUUCGCUUUUAUUUGGGUGAUGUGUCUGCUGUUUAAAUCCAUCAACAUCCCGAGAAUAGAAUCUGACGACGGGGAAUGCAUCAGAGUAAUCGUUUACACCGCAAUGGAAAAUAAAAUCAUCGCUAUUCUGUCUUUCCUUAUUGAAUACUUCAUUCCACUAUUUCUCAUGUCGUUUGCUUAUAUGCACAUCAUCGUGGUUCUCAAUUCCAAAAUCAUCCGCAUUGCGCCGGGAAUGCCCAAUCCCCCUAAAGAUGACCAUGACUCCAUGAAUGUGGCGAGACGCAAUGUAGUGAAGACGUUACUUCUCGUCGCCAUGGCGUUUGCCGUUCUCUGGGCACCCAACCAGAUAUACUAUUUCAUUUCAAGUAUCAACACGAACAUCGUACCAAAUAAAGUUUUCCACAAUGUAACAGUCAUUGUUGCAUUUUGUAACUGUUGUGUAAAUCCUGUUAUUUACGCACUGAAAUAUAGACAAUUUCGCUCGGGCAUGAAAACUGCCUUUGGAUAUCGCGAUAGCAGCAAUGGGAUGGCAUUAACACAUACUACUUGA